AUGCCGACACCCACGCACGCCCUGGCCCACCCCGCUCCUAGUACGAACAACUUGGCAGAUGUACAUCGUUCCGCCCAGCAAGAGCAACCCACCUGCCAGCUGGGCCGCUGCGACAACGGCAUCUGCCACCCAGAGCUUAUUAAGACCCUGGCUGCGGUCAAUACUGCCUCCAAGACUCACCCUCCAUCAACUUUCAACCCAUUUCCUUCGCACCCGCUUUGCGCACAUACUAUUACAACACAACCGCCAACCUCAAGCUUCCGGCUCGUUCCCCAGAGCUUUUUCAACCCUGACCUUAAAAAGUACCAUCACGACAAGGGACCAGCGACGACGGCCAAACAUCGAGAGUACAUCAUUGGCCAGUCCCUGGCUUUCCAGGUCCAGCGCCUUGCAUAUCCGAUUUGCAGUUUCCCUAGAGGCAUCCUUGCUUUUAUCCAGGGAAACGAGCCCGUCUUGUUUUUGCCUCGAUCAGCGGCGCACGAACAAGGGCCUAGGACUUUGUACACUGCACUGCACUGCACUGCACCGCACCGCGCCGCGCCGUACCAUCGAGAGGGAACAACACCACUGCAGCCGUUUUGGUUUUGGGGAGGCCUGCCCAUUUUCCCCAGCUUGGAGAGCUACCCAAACCAGACACCUGCAUACCCAUCUAGAGAGAGGCAGGCCCCUGGUCGAUUUCCCAGCGGUCAAAGCCAGGCAUUCAACUCGACCGGGACUAUCCUCCGCCCGCAAUUGGCCCCCGACAGUUUCCCCUGUCGAGUUGACAAACACCCCGGCCGCCGCCCUGCCCUGCCUGCUGCUUUGCGCCGCACCAAUCCGGCCGCCAGCCAGACGGACCCCAUCUCUUGCAGGUUACAUACUCUGCCUCUCAGGAUCCCUGAUAUAUCGCGUCGUGUAAGCCAUCUCACACGACCUGACUUAGCCGUUUUGCAAGGCCAACCAGUCAAGGAUGCCGUCAUCAACCCGCCUCGCAUACUCCAUAAACGCAUGAUCAAGCCCCUGUACUUCUCCUGGGGGAACCUCGCAGGACGCUCCCUCACUCCUUCAUCCUCCUCGUCGGGUAACCGGACUAUGACCCCGCAGACCGUCGAACGGAGGUACUCACGUCCGACUUCGGUUCAAACCAACAAUCUCAACAAUACCUCAACUCACAACCAGCAGCCCUCCAUGCCCGGUUCAGCUAUCAGCGCCUCAUCGGCCACCUCCAGCUCGAGGCAGGGGUCGCCGCUGAUGUCUCCCGAUGCUACCGCCGUCAUGACCAGCAGCAGCUCGGUUCAGCCCUCCCCCGAGCCUCUCCGGGGCCAAGACUUUGACGACGCUACCCCUUCGGGAUCCUUUCAACUGCCCGAGUCGCUAUUAUGCAGGAGGACAAGCAACACCUCCUUGCCACAGAGCCUGAGCAGUACCGCCCCUAGCGCAGUGGAGCCUCUCCCCGCCAAAAGCGGCGGCUUGAUCAGGCGGCUGUCCAACCGGGCAGCUAGGCCAUUUACCAGGCGCAGACCGUCGUCUGCCGCCUCCACCAGUAGGGACGGCAGUGUCGGCCCUGGCAUGCUCCGCCGGAGGAGCGACAGUAAUGCCACGGCGCCGCCCGAGUUCCCUCUUGUGCCGACCGACUCCGAAGACGAGUCCAUCUACGAACCUGAUGAGUGCCGAUCGCAAUUGACCUUUGACGGGUCCCUCAAGGAGUCACCCUCGAACAGCACUCCCGCCUCGGUGGCCGGCUCAACCCCUUCAGGCAACGCCACCGCUGGUCCCGUGAUACCCUUCCAGCUUCUGAAGGGGACGUGGAUCAGGAAAGUCUCCAAGAAGAACCGUGCCAAGCGUUUUGUCUUGGUGCUCGAGCCCGAUGCAGCCAGGAUCUCUUGGGACAAGUCCCGUCCUCACAAGUGUCUUUAUAUUGACGACAUCAAAGAAAUCAGGACUGGCACCGACAUCCGCCAGUAUCGGUUGGACUUUGGCGUCCCGGAGUCGGAAGAGAGCCGCUGGUUCUCCGUCCUGUACGCCGUCCCGGACAAGUCGAAGAGCAAGAUGAUGCACCUGGUUGCCGACGACGCGAGCGUAUUCUCCAACUGGGUCACCACACUAGAAGCCAUCUCGAAACAUCGGCAGGACCUCAUGGCAUCGCUCAUGGCCUUUAACGACCGGGCCAUCCGAGACUACUGGCGCAGCGAGAUGGCAAAGCAGUUUGCCGAUAAGCCCCACUCGCCGGACGAGGAGGAGCUUGACUACGAAGGCGUCCAGAAUGUCUGCCGCAAGCUGCAUAUCCACGCCUCGCCGAGCCAGCUCUUUGCCAAGUUCCACGCUGCCGACGCCACCAAGACGGGCCGGCUGAACUACUUCGAGUUCCAGUCGUUUGUGGGGUUCAUGAAGCGAAGAGACGACAUUCGGAGCUUAUACCAGUCACUCGCGGAGAACCCAGAGGCUGGUCUCAGCCUGGACGAGUUCCUCAGCUUUCUGCGCGACGUCCAAGGCGAGGACAUCGAGACAGACCUCCCUGCGUGGGAGGCCAUAUACGCCAAGCUUUCCCGCAAGUUCAGGCCGAGAGACGCAGAGCGCUCCGGCGCCAUCGCCCACUCCGACAGUCCUAGGAUGAACGACGCGGCGUUCGCGGCCUACUUGACGUCGACUUUCAACCUGCCACUGAAGACGGAGCCGAAAGAAUAUACAUUGGACCGGCCCAUUAACGAAUAUUUCAUCUCCAGCUCCCAUAACACCUAUCUCCUCGGGCGACAGGUUGCCGGCCUGUCGAGCGUCGAGGGUUACAUCGCGGCCCUCGCUCGUGGCUGCCGCUGCGUGGAAGUUGACUGCUGGAACGGCGCCGACGGCCAACCCACAGUCAAUCACGGCCGGACGCUGACCACCUCGAUCAGCUUCCAGGAGACCAUGACCACCAUUAACAAAUACGCCUUCGUCAAGACACAUUAUCCGCUGUGGAUCUCUCUCGAGGUACACUGCAACCCGCAACAGCAGGCCAUCAUGUCUCGCAUCAUGAAGGAGACGUUCGGGUCGCGCCUCGUCACGGAGCCCCUGGACCCGUCUUCCGACAAGCUUCCGUCUCCCGAGCAGCUCAAAGACCGCAUUUUGAUCAAGGUCAAGAAGCCUCAACUGAAAGAGGAGCCCAAGGCACCCGAGCCAGGCCGCCGACGUGGGAACAGCCUGACCUCGCCCUACAGCAAACCCAUCCAGCUCGACAACGCGCUGAUUCCGCCGCUGUCGCUGCCGCAGAGCCCCCUCCUCGGGCCCAGCACCUCUUCUCGUCGGCUGGUCGGCAAAACUCGCGUCAACACCAUCACCGAGGGCGAAGUGAAGGAGACACUAAGCAGCAGCAGCACCAGCGACAACGACAGCGCCGGCGAGAGAGUGCCCGCGAGACGGUCGUCCAACAAGACGGUCAAGGUGCUCGGCGAUCUCGGGGUAUACUGUGCGGGGGUCAAAUUUCGGGGAUUCGACACGCCCGAUGCCAAGGCGUACAACCACAUCUUCUCUUUCAUGGAGUCGAGCUUCGAGAAGCACGGCAAGCCGAAGGAGGCGAAACACGCCAUGGAUCGUCACAAUAUGCGCUACCUGAUGCGGGUGUACCCGGACGGGAUUCGCUACACGUCGACCAACUUCGAUCCCCUCCACUACUGGCGAAGAGGAGUUCAGAUGGCGGCGCUCAACUGGCAGACGUUCGACUCGGGCAUGCAGAUCAACCAAGCCAUGUUCGACAGCGGCACCGACCGAUCCGGGUACGUGCUGAAGCCCAGCGAGCUGCGCGAGAUCCAGGUCAUGCCCGAGGGAUGGUCGGGCAAGCGCGAGCGCAAGGAAGUCAGCUUCAGCAUCGGGGUCAUUUCGGCGCAGCAGCUGAUGCGGCCCAACGGCAUGCCGGCCAACCGGACGGUGGACCCUUACGUCGAGGUGGAGGUGUUCCACGCGAACGACAAGAGGAACAAGAAGGAGGCGGACCCGACGGUGUCGCUGGCCACGGACAGCCCGCUCAAGUACCGAACGCGGGUGAUCCGGGAGAACGGCUUCAACCCGGCCUUCAACGACAGGUUCGAUUUCCGGGUCACGACCAAGUACCCUGACCUCAUCUUCGUGCGGUGGUCGGUCAAGCUGUCGCACAACGGCGAGGCCUACAACGAGAAACCGCCGGUGGCGACGUUUACGGCCAAGCUGAGCGGGCUGAAGGCCGGCUACCGGACGCUGCCCCUGUUCGACCACAACGGCGAGCAGUACCUCUUCUCGACGCUCUUCUGCAACAUCAAGAUGGGACCCGUCAACAGCGUCCUCCUCGACUGCCCUGGCGAUCAGCCGGAUACCAGCGGUAAGCUUCGGGGUCUCGGUCGCACCAUCACCAGAUUCAACCGACCCAACAACGUCAGCCCGAAGUCGAGCCUGGAUAGGUCGAGCUUUGAGAGCCCUCAGCCAUGAUCCACCAUCAUCGCCUCGUCCAGGCGCUCUUCGGUUGACAUUUUACCACUUCUUUGUACCAGUAUCAGAAGCUCCAUUGGCUUCGUACGGUUUUUCUUCUUCACAUUUUCUUUUUCAAGCCCCCCCCCCCCCCCC